UUGAGCUGCGCCCAGAUGGCAAAGUGCUUUGCUUUUGAAUGCGCGCAAAGAAAUAUGUUAAGAAGAUCUUUUCUCCUCACCGCUGGUCAUCCAGUACCUCCCCUUGAUGUGUGUCGUCAGUUGGAGCUUCAAGAGAAAAAUGGGAGGAACUCUGAUCCAUAUGAUGGCACUAUAAAGCUCAGGGAUGAUUUGGAGGAUUCAUCAAAAACAUGGUCAAAGCUUCAUUACCACUCAAGACUGACAUCAUCAAUUUUUUACACCUGCUACCGCUCACUUCAUCAUCAGGCCAACUUCUGGGCAAUUUCAGACACUGUUUUUCCUUAUUUUUGAAAUAGCAGACAUGAAGAUACUUGGCCAGAUUGCUUUCUUACUUUUGCUGGGGGAGAGUUGGAGUAGGAAUACAAAAGUUCAGUCCUCCAAGAAAUCUCCACAUGGGACCCAAGCAGGCGACGGCAUCCAGCCUUCACCUGAGGCUGUUCUCUCUGCUGGGAACAUUUCAAACAAUAGAGCUACUGGAGGUAUCAGCAGAGGUGAAUCUGCAAGAGACGUUGCUGCAGGAGCUCGAGUAGCUAAACAGCAGACAGAUGAAAUGAGGUUGCACUUUCUCAAGAAUCCGCAUGUGACGUGUAAUGAUGGGACAGCAGCUGGGUUUUACCUAAGAGAGAUCAGAGGAAGCCGCAGAUGGCUGUUAUUUCUGGAAGGCGGCUGGUGCUGCUACAGCAAAGAGACCUGUGAUUCCAGGUACCAACAUAUCCCUCGACUAAUGAGCUCAUCCGGUUGGCCCCUGACAAAGACUGGGCGUGGCAUAUUGUCAUCCCAAGUAGCUGAAAAUCCUUAUUGGCACAACACGAACAUUGUAUUCAUCCCAUACUGCUCCAGCGAUAUUUGGAGUGGCACUGGGCCUGCCCCGGCCCCUCCUCCAAGCCAACGACAAGGAAGAGAGAAAGAAAGGAACCGAAAUACAAAUGCAACUGAGUAUGCUUUCAUGGGAUCGCUCAUCAUCCGAGAGGUCAUCAAAGACCUCAUUCCCAAAGGAAUCAAGCAGGCCAAGGUUGUUCUGUUGUCUGGCACAAGUGCUGGCGGAACAGGAGUCUUGCUGAAUAUCGAGAGAGUGGCCAAUUAUCUGGAGCAGCUUGGUGCAGAGGCACAGGUCCGAGGUCUGGUGGACUCUGGCUGGUUUCUCGAAAGUAAACACCAGAGAUCAUCAACCUGCCCUGAAACGGUUACCUGUUCACCUGAAGAUGCGAUCAAGGUCGGCCUAAGGUUGUGGAAUGGUGCGGUACCUGGUAGGUGUCGUCGACUCUAUAAAAAAGGGGAGGAGUGGCAGUGCUUCUUUGGCUACAAGCUGUAUUCUACCUUGACCUCCCCUCUAUUUGUUGUGCAGUGGCUAUUUGAUGAAGAACAGCUGAGGGUGGAGAACAUCUAUAUUGGAAGACAGCACAUGAGCAACGAACAGUGGCAAUACAUCCAGAACCUAGGCAGAGAGUUGAAGAACUCCCUGAGAGAUGUUACAGCAGUAUUUGCACCUUCCUGCCUUUCCCAUACAGUGAUUACUAAAAGCAACUGGAUGACUUUCCAAGUUCGAGGCACUUCUCUGCCGCGGGCCCUGCACUGCUGGGACAGGAGCUUGGAAGCCACUCGCAACAACAGAACUCCAGCCAAAGGCUGUCCAUUUCACCUGGUGGACAAUUGCCAUUGGCCUCAGUGUAACCCCACCUGCCCCACCCUGGUGGACCAGGCAACGCAACAGGAACUCACCUUGCUCCAGAUGCUGGUAGCCAUGGGUCUUGAUCUUCGGAAGCUUGGCUUGAAUCCUAAAAAAGACAAAGAUUUCCUUGCAAGCAUGGGCAGCAACAGUGGCUAACGUUAUAAGUUCAGAAGAGAGACCAAGUCAGGUGUUGACGUAUGUAAGCAUCAAAAUAGUAAAGAAACACGGGUCAUGCCAUAUCCUCCGUGUGUCAAGCUUGAGAUCCAAUUGUCAAGCUUUUUUCCCUCUCUCUUUGUUUUGUUUUUCUUUCCUUUAGUCUUGCGCAGGGCCAGUGUUUCCAUUUCAAGCAAUGGGAGGACAAAACAAUACACUUUAAAUCUUGAACUGAGCAUGGUGGAAAUGAGGGUCACAUUUAUAAAAGACUUGAGGAUCGCACAACUGUCUACUUCUCUCAAAUAACAGUUUGUUUCCUUAUAGUUAGCAACUUUUGUCCUUUUUUCCACCCCAACUAGCUGCGUGGAACAUAUAUUUAUUCAUAUAAUUUCUACCCAGUCAUUUGUCAAUUUAGUUGUGGAUUUCACCAAUCUACCAUUAUUUAACAAAUGUUGAUGAGCAUGAAUUAGACGUAUCAUUCAAUGUAUGGGCAUAAAAUUGCUCCCUGUUCUAACUGUAAACUGUACACAAGCAGCCUCGACACACUGACGAAUUAUUUUUUUGUGACUUACUCAUCUUUAGCCCACAAGGCGACACUAGCAUAUUUAUACACAUAUAUUUUACUGCAUGUUAAAGUAAUCUCUGUCCUACAUGUGUUCUCUCUGAUGUGUAUCACAAGGGUAUUAUGAUUCAAUCAAAUUU